UGCUCAUAUGUCGUUGGCCUUGUUGCAUUCCCGUGGUGGUUGUGACAGGGGAAAUGUCGAUAACUCCAUUGAACUGAAUCUGGAAAAUUGAUUUCGAGUCCUGAAGCCUCCAGAGCACCUGGGUACUCUCUCUUUCGCUCAUAAAUGUAGAUUAUCAUUGGCUGAAUUUGCAUAAUUCAGAUCUGAUACUUUGGAAGUCUGCAAAUUCUUGUGUGAAGUUGUUGGGAGUAAUGGAACAGUCUGGAAAGAAAAAUCCUUCCAAGGGUCUCUUGCAGAGUGAGGAGCUGUAUCAGUAUAUUCUGGAGACUAGCGUGUACCCACGUGAACCCAAGCCUCUCAAGGAGCUCAGAGAUAUUACUGCAACUCAUCCAAAAGCCAUGAUGGCCACUGCCCCAGAUGCAGGUCAGUUAAUGGACAUGCUCUUGAAGCUGGUUAAUGCAAAAAAGACAAUUGAAAUUGGAGUUUUCACUGGUUACUCUCUUCUCCUCACUGCUCUUUCCAUUCCUGAUGAUGGCAAGAUCACAGCCAUUGAUGUAGAUCGACAGGCAUAUGAGAUGGGGUUGCCGGUUAUUAGAAAAGCUGGCGUUGAACACAAAAUCAACUUCAUUGAGUCGCAAGCUCUACCAGUUCUUGAUAAACUCUUAGAAGAACAUGAAAAUGAAGGGAUCUUUGACUUUGCCUUUGUUGAUGCUGACAAAGUUAACUAUAAAAACUACCAUGAGAGGCUGAUGAAACUGUUGAAGAUGGGCGGGAUAGUUGUGUACGAUAAUACUCUUCGGGAUGGAACAGUUGCAAUGCCCGAAGAGUUAGUUGCAGAGAAUCUGAGAGGGAAUAGGCGGUUGACCAUCGAGCUUAACAAUUUUCUAGCAGCUGAUCCUCGCGUUCAAAUUUGCCUUGCUCCAUUGGGCGAUGGCAUCACAAUCUGCAGGCGGGUCUGCUGAUAAAUGCUUAUUAAGGUUUCACAAACUAUACUUCCUACCAUUGUUUCGGAUUCUGAAAUAAUAGCAUCAAACUUUGGAGUUGUUGGAUCAUAUCUAUGGUUGUGAAACUCGGAAAGCAGAAACUCAUAUGUUCGAUGCAAUUCCACACCAAAAGAGUGUGACUGACUCUGGAAAAAAGUUCAAAUGUAUUAGAUUACAUUUUCAAUCCUACUCUACCCUGUUCAAAUUUUCUUGC